UCCCUCCAAUCAGAGAGCGGGAAACGAGCUCACAUGACCUGCCGGAGUUUUCCGGACCACGUGACGGCGGGGAGGGGGAAGCGAUACGGUUUGAGCCAUCGGCAGCCGGUUGCUGUGCUGUGGCUCAGGACGGUACCGUGGGCGACUACCUGGACAGAGAUGGUUCCUCUUCUGGUUUUGAUUCUGGUAGUUCAAGUCUUUGUUGCUGAAUCCGCUCCAGCUGAGGAUGAGGUUACUUACCUCCCAGGUCUCGCCAAGCAAUCCAGCUUCAGACAAUACUCAGGCUACCUCAAUACGUCUGAGAAUAAAUACCUCCACUACUGGUUUGUGGAGUCUCAGGGGCAUCCUGAGCAUGAUCCUGUGGUGCUCUGGCUGAACGGAGGCCCUGGCUGUAGCUCUUUAGAUGGACUUCUAACCGAACAUGGCCCCUUCUUGAUCCAACCUGAUGGAAAGACACUUUUAUACAAUCCUUACUCCUGGAACAAGAUUGCAAAUAUGAUAUACCUUGAGUCACCAGCAGGGGUCGGAUUUUCCUACGAUGAGAACAAGAAAUACCGUACCAAUGAUUCUGAGGUUUCAUUCAAUAACUACCUUGCCCUGAAAGAAUUCUUCCGACUUUUCCCAGAAUACAAGAAGAAUGAAUUCUUUAUCACUGGAGAGAGUUAUGGAGGAUUCUAUGUACCAACUCUAGCAGAGAGAGUCAUGUCUGACGAGGAAAUUAAUUUUAAGGGAAUGGCCGUUGGAAAUGGAUUGUCUAGUUUUGAGUACAAUGAUGACUCUUUGGUUUACUUUGCAUAUUACCACGGGCUAUUUAAAACUUCACUUUGGAAUGAUCUUCAGAGGUUUUGCUGUUCCAAAGGAAUAUGCAACUUCCACAGUAAUAAAAAUAAGAACUGUACGUUAAGGGUUUCGGAGGUGAUGAAUAUUGUGUAUAAUUCAGGGCUGAAUAUAUACAACCUGUAUGCUGAUUGCUUUGGAGGGGUUCCAGGCAAAGUACACUUUGAUGAAAAUCAGAAGCAACUGGUUGUUCAUAAUUUGGAGCACGUGUUUCCCAACAGUGAAGUGAGACUUUUGUGGAAGAAGAAACUGCGGAGCUUGAUUCAGAGCCACAUGAAUGUACGGUUGGACCCCCCUUGCAUCAACACUACCGCCAGCUCUGACUACUUAAAUAACCCGGAUGUACGGAAGGCUUUGCACAUUCCACCAUUUGUGCAAAAAUGGGAGAUGUGCAGUGCCAAAGUGUAUUCGAAUUAUCAAGUUCUCUACGCUGACAUGAAGGAUCAAUACCUGAAACUAUUGGCUGCCAGGAAAUACCAAAUCCUAGUGUAUAAUGGGGAUGUGGACAUGGCCUGUAACUUCAUGGGAGACGAAUGGUUUGUGAAUUCACUUCACCAGGAGGUCCAAGUGAACCGCCGGACUUGGCUAUACAAAGAUGAGAAUGGUGAUCAGGUGGGAGGGUUUGUCAAGGAAUUCCCCAACCUUGCUUUCCUGACUGUAAAGGGGGCAGGUCACAUGGUGCCAUCGGACAAACCAAAUGCAGCCUUUACAUUCUUCAGUCGCUUUUUGCACAAGAAGCCAUAUUGAGACUGGAGCAAGAAUUCCAGCACAAGGCAUUAAAAUUAGCAUUUCUGGGCAAGUGUGCACUUGGGUAGGGUAGGGGUUGGAGUGUGCUCUAAGGCAGUAUCCAAAAACAUUGAGUUAAUGUGGGGAGCAAUUUCUGAAAUGUCAGCUUCGCCUGGGGAAAAAAAUACUAUCUCAGAACACACUCCAGCAUAGUUUUUAAUGGAGAAAUUAUUAAGCACUCCCAGGCGUUGUUUUUACAAUCAUUGGCAUACUCCAGGGACUGAUCUGCCUGCAAUUAUGGAUGUACUCUGCAAUCAAAAUCUAUUUCUUGAUCUUGUUCAGAAGCCUAAAUGAAAGAUUGUAAUCUAGAUAAUAGCUUAUCUGAUUGAGAGAAUGAAUGAUAUUAAUAUUUCAAAUGAACUGGAAAUUCCUUUGUAUCAAAACAAUGAGGCAGAUUUCUUGCAAGAAGUGUAAACUUAAUGUAUGAAAAGGAAACCAGGAUUUCAAGUUAGCUUUAAGGUUCGUGCCACUAAACUUUGUGUUUGCAUUUCUGAUAUUAGCAAGCACAAGUCAUUUAACAGCAGCUAAAUGUUCUGUAAAUCUGGACUAUGGGAAAACUCUUAAUGUACUAUCAGACCCACACUUUUUGUUUUACUUUUAUAAUUUUAUUCUCUUGAUUUUAUUAAGAGUUGCUGAUGUUUACUACCUUUUGAUAAAUGUUUUCCCAAUUUGAAUACACAAGUUGUGACUUGGAAUUCAUUUUCUGAAAGGGUGAAGGUAAUAUUUUCAGUCCUAAUGCGAACCAAUUAGUUAUCUAUUUGAAAGCAAGAAAGGCUGUAAGGAUUAACUGAUUUUUUUUUAUAUAUUGCUAGCUCAGAUUUGAUAAGGUGAUCAGUCUUUUGGUACAUCUUAUUGGAUCAAAUUGAUUUAUUUUUGAUGCGGUUUCCUCUUUCAGAAGAUGAGGAAGUAUCAUUCAGCUAAUGGAAAGGUGAAGCAGACACUGCUUCAUUGAAAGCUUUCUUAUAGUUCCAGGGUUUCAGCUUCUCAAUUUUUUUCCUCUCUAACAGCUUGACCAAUUCUAUACAGUUAGAUUCUACUGCAUUUGUCCCAAGAUCUAAGCACUUUACACUGUAAAUGUACUUUAUUAGUUCAGGUACUACUGUGGCAAAAUGUCAGAAAAUGUAUGCAUAUCCAGCACCUAAUUAACAGCAAAUGAAUUAUCCUGUUAAUCUAGUUGGUAGUGUUAUUUGAGUGAGGAGCAUUGGAUAAACACCAACCAAGCUCCUUCAGCUAGCACAUUGGAAUUUCUUGUGUACAUCUGGUGAUAGGACCUUGGGUUUAAUGACUGAAGCAAAUAAAUAUAUUUUUAAAUCUC